UGACUGUGUCAGCCUCAGCAGGAAAUGAUGGGGGUGAUGACACACUUUGAAAACAUAGCCUCAAAACAGAAAGUACUGCUGCAUUUAACAGCUGCGUUGUCCAGAGGAUGAACAGACAUGUCUACUGUAAAUGAACAACUCUUGGAGGUUUUGGAGGAUCUGCUUGAUGAGGAACUGGGGACUUUUCAGUGGCAUCUUUACAGCAAAACCGUUGAAGGAUUUACUCAUAUCCCAAAGUCUCAAGCUAAAGGCUUGGACAGGAAGGACACUGUGACUCUUGUGGUGACAACAUAUGGUUAUGACGGUGCUGUGACCAUAACCAUAAAGAUACUGGAGAAAAUGAGACAGAAGCUUUUAGUUGAUAAACUAAAAGAAUAUCACAGCAACGGUCAAAUAAAUAAGACAGACAAAGAGAGUGACCUUGUUACCAUCCAAGGGAGACUGAAAUCUAAAUUAAAGGAAAAGUGCCAGAACAUUUAUGAGGGAAAUGCGGAAGAAGGAGAUAACAUCUACUUGAAAAGAAUCUACACCGAGCUCCAUGUGAUUACAGGAGCCUGGGGAAGCCUAAGUGAUGAACGUGAGGUCAGACAGCAGAAGUCCAAGCAAACAUCGGUGGAGGAAACAAUUAACGUUCAAGAUCUUUUUAAGCCUAGGCCCAAUCAAGAAAAGCGCAUCAGAACUGUUCUUACCCAGGGUAUCCCUGGAAUGGGUAAGACUGUCUGUGCCCAGAAGUUCACACUGAGCUGGGCGGAAGGAGAGGAACACCAGGACAUAACCUUUCUCUUUCCACUUCCUUUCCGGGAAUUGAAUUCAAUCAUUGGCGAAAGGGACUAUACAUUAAUGCAGCUGCUCCACCACUUUUUCCCUGACAUUAAACCCAUUCAGAAGCUAUCAGAAUGUAAAGUACUAUUCAUUUUUGAUGGCCUUGACGAGAGCCUUCUGCCCUUAGAUUUCAAACACAACAAGGUUUUGAGAGACGAGACGGAGUCGGCCCUGCUUGAUGUGCUGAUCACCAACCUCAUUGCAGGGGAUCUGCUCGGGAAUGCGCUCAUCUGGAUAACCUCCAGGCCUGCGGCGGCCAACAAAAUUCCCCGAAAGUACAUUGACCAGUGGACUGAGAUGAAAGGAUUCACUGAAAACCAGUGGCAGGAAUACUUUAAGAAGCGCGUGAGGGAUGAUGCACUGUCGCUUAGGAUGAUCAACCACGUGAAAUCAUCGAAAAGCCUGUAUGUUAUGUGUCAAAUACCUAUUUUCUGCUGGAUCACCGUCAAGUUGAUGAAGAAAAUGCUGCAAGACAAGGCAACAGACAGAAUGCCUAACACCCUAACUGAGAUGUAUGCAUAUCUUCUUCUCUGCCAGACUGACCGGAUGAGAGAAAGGCAUUACACCAUGAGGAGUGAUAAUGUCUAUUUGAAGCUUGCAGAAUUAGCCUUCCAACAGCUCGAAAAAGGCAGACUUAUCUUCUAUGAGGCUGAUCUGAAAGAAUGCCGCAUGGAUGUGAACGAGGCAACCAUGCAUUCAGGAGUCUGCACAGAGAUCUUCCAGAUGGAGGAGGGCAAGAGGCAUAAGGUUUUCAGCUUUGUGCACUUGACUAUCCAGGAGUUUCUGGCGGCUGUGUUUGCCCAUUAUUCAUACAUGCAAAACAAGGACAAUGUCCUUCUGGGAAGGCUUGGAAGAUUUCCCUCAAAACUCUUGAAAAAGUCUGUUUUUGGCUUCCAUAAAUGUGCCAUUGAAAAAGCUUUGAGUAGUAAGACCGGCCAAUGGGAUCUCUUCCUUCGCUUUCUUCUGGGCCUCUCGUUGAAGUCAAACCAGGAGCUUCUUUACAGAAUACUGCCUUUGGAAGUAGAAGGAGAGGAGGAUGUGGCAAACACUAUACAGUUUAUCAAAGACAUUAUCAGUGCAGAACCUGAAAUGAAUCUUAACUUGUUCCAUUGUCUGGGGGAGCUCAGGGAGGAAUCUCUUGUUCAGGAAAUCCAGAGCUUUGUGAGUACUGGAAAGAUUGCAAGCAAACAGUUAUCUCCUGCUCAAUGGUCAGCUCUCACUUUUGAGCUAAUGACAUCCGAGGCUCUGGAGAAAGAGUUUGACCUAAAGAAAUACAUAAGAUCAGAGGAGGGGGUAGAGAAGCUGCUUCCUGUUAUAACCUCCUCCACUCAUGCCCUCCUAGAUGGUUGCAAGCUUACUGAAAACUGCUGCCAAUUGCUGGCCUCCGCGCUGAGCUCAACAUCCUCUCAACUGACAGAUUUAGAUUUGAGCAAGAACAGUCUGAGGGAUUCAGGAGUGAGACUGCUUUCUGAUGGCCUAAGGAGUCCUCAUUGCAAGCUGAAGAGUUUAAGACUACAUAAAUGCAAAGUUGAGGGUGGCUGCUGUGAGGCUUUGGCAAAUGCUCUUACAACAGAGUCGACACAGCUGAGAGUGCUGGACCUGAGUGCUAAUGACCUUAAGGAAGAAGGAGUGAUAGCCCUGAGUCUGGGACUGGGCAGCCGUCAUUGCAAAGUGGAAACACUUAGUUUGGAUCAGUGCAAACUGGGAGAGAACGACUGUGUGGCUUUAGCUUCAGUCUUCAGCUCACAUGCUUCUCAGCUGAAAUUUCUUGAUUUGAGUAAUAACGGCUUAAAGGAUGCUGGUGUAUAUCAGCUUUCAGCUGGACUGAAAGAUCCAAACUGCAAACUGGAGAUUCUCAGACUCAGCUGGUGUGGUCUAACACAGAAAUCCUGCAGCCACAUAAGCCCAAUCCUCAGCACAGAUUGCAGCACAAUCAGAGAGCUGGACCUUGGUGGCAACAACCUACAAGGUCAAGGCUUCAGCCUACUGUGCUCUGGUCUCAAAAGUCAGAACUGUAAACUGGAAACAUUAAGAUUGCAUGACUGUGGUCUCCAGAAGUGCGGUGCUGAAAUUGCUUCAGUCCUCUCCACCAGCAGCUCACAGCUGAAGGAGCUUGAUCUGUGUGGAAAUGACCUUGAGGACCAGGGAGUGGAGUUGCUCUCUAAUGGAAUAGCAAAUCCAAACUGUGCACUAGAAACCUUAAGGCUCUCAUUUUGCGGAGUCACAGUAAAAGGCUGCACACAUCUGGCUUCAGCACUGAGCUCCAACCCUUUGCACCUCAGAAAGCUGGACCUUAGCUACAAUUUUCUGCAGGAAUCUGGAGUCAAUCUGAUCUCAGAUCAGCGGGAUAAUCCACUUUGUAAGCUAGAGGAUCUAAGGGUGGAUCACAGUGAGGAAUGUUAUCUGAAAUCGAUGCUGAAAAAUUACACCUGCACCCUGACCUUUGACUCCAACACGGCAGCCACGUCUCUCUUUCUGCACGAUGGGGGCAAACAGGUGACAUGGGUUAGGGAGUCACAGCCGUACCCACAGCACCCUGAACGGUUUGAAAGCAUCUCCCAGGUCCUGUGUCACCAAGGCCUCACUGGGCGCCAUUACUGGGAAGUGGAGUGGCGAGGGCGCUGGGUGGACAUUGCGGUCGCCAUGAGGGGAAUCAGCCGCAGGGCGAGUAGUUAUUUGUCUGGGUUCGGCAAAACUGAUAAGUCCUGGUGUCUAUUUUGCUCUGAGGAUCAUUACAGCGUUGAACAUGACAGCAGGGGGUCGGAAAUAUCUGCACCUGCGUCUCCCUCUCACAAGGUUGCAGUCUUUCUGGAUUGGCCUGGAGGGACCUUGUCUUUUUAUAGUGUUUCUGCUGGGAGCCUCAAACAUCUUCACACCUUCUACAAUAACUUCACUGAGCCGCUCUACGCUGGGUUUGGUAUGGAAGAGGAUGACUGCUCAGUCAUUCUUUGCUCUAAUGCUGAUAUAUAGGAACUUAUUUCUCCAUCUGAGUAUGUGGUAUGAAUAAAAGGUAACAGCUAAAAAGAUCCAUUGUCACCACAAAGCAGACGUUUUUGUUUUAACUUUAGUUUUCCUCUCCCUUGGCAUAAACUACAGCCCUGCAAAUAAACUUCAGAAGCCAAAAGCGAACACAAGAAAUCAAAUUU